UGCACAGCGAGUGUCCAUAUUUCAGAAAAGCAUCACUGGCAACAAGCGAUAUGUUCGUAGACAAGUGUCAGUUUGAAGAAAAUGCCAGUGUUCGCAGUCUCAUUUUUAUCUAGUUUGCAUGUAAUCGGUAAAUAAUUCAACGGGACGGGAGGAUUUUACCAGAAACCGAUGACAUCAUCAUGUUAAGAUCACGUAAACUAAAUUUUAGUAUCUUGUCUACUUGCCAAAUAUUUAUACAAUGGUCGUAAGUUGUCAUGUGUUGCCUGGAGUCUUAUGGAUUGAGAAAUCCUCUGAAUAUCGUAUGACUGAUAUUUGUCAUGGGUUUUAUACAGCUGUCAUGAACACCAUAUACUCAAAACAUAAAAUGGGAAGACAUUAGUCAUUUCUUAAGUAAUGUUUAUAUUGUGGUGUUUAUAAGAAGCAUUUGAUAACUAGAAAAACAACUAAGAAGCCAAAAUGUCACUUGAUGAGUUUGAUAAGAUGAAAGUUGUUGGUAAAGGAAGUUAUGGAGAGGUGUGGCUGGUUCGUCACAGGAAAGACCGAAAACAGUAUGUGUUGAAGAAAAUGAACUUGUCACGGGCGUCCAAAAGAGAGAGGACGUCUGCCGAACAAGAAGCUAAGCUUCUGUCCAAACUGAAACAUCCAAACAUCGUGUCAUACAAAGAUUCAUUUGAAACACGAGAAGGAUAUUUGUACAUUGCUAUGCAAUAUUGUGAAGGAGGUGACCUCUACACAAAACUUAAAGAACAGAAAUGUGUGCUUCUUGAUGAAAGACAAGUGGUGGAGUGGUUUGUACAGAUAGCUAUGGCGAUGCAGUAUAUGCAUGAAAGGAAUAUACUCCACAGGGAUCUGAAGACACAGAAUAUAUUCUUAACCAAGAGUAAAAUAAUCAAAGUAGGAGAUCUUGGUAUAGCAAGAGUGCUAGAUAGUUCAAAUGAUAUGGCGACAACGCUGAUAGGAACGCCCUACUAUAUGAGUCCUGAGCUAUUCUCCAAUAAACCCUAUAACCACAAGUCGGAUGUGUGGGCCCUAGGCUGCUGUGUGUACGAGAUGGCCACUCUGAAACACGCCUUCAAUGCCAAGGACAUGAACUCCCUGGUGUACAAGAUACUGCGAGGCAAGAUGCCAGCCAUGCCAAAACAGUACUGCACCGAGCUGACAUCACUGAUUAAACUGAUGCUGCACCAGGAUCCAGAAAAGAGGCCCAGUGUUAACAGGAUACUCAGGGAUCCCUACAUUAAGAAGAAUAUUGCAAUAUUUUUAGAAGACACAAAGAAAAGUAGUCGACGCCCGUCCAAUUCGAGACCUCCGUCCGCCUCCGGUACAAGGCCUAGCUCCGCCUCCUCCAGUCGGCCAACAUCUGCAGAGUCUCGCCGCUCACUGCCAUCUUCCAACAACAACCUUCCCUCCGUUGUGUCGCGGGAUGUCAACAGCAGGCCGCCCCCUGCAGUCAGGGACAACUCAGACAGCAGGCCAACCCCAGCUGCGAGGGAAUACGUCGACAGUAGAGCACCUCCACCUGCAGAGAGGGACAACGUCGACAGUAGAGUUCCUCCUGCAGCGAGGGACAUCGACAGUAGACCACCUGUCAACAUACCAGUGGAAGCUGAACCAGGAUACGACAGAGGCGCUGGUGAUGCUCCGGUUGUGGCUGAAAGGAAAUCAAGUCACAGUCGGAAACCCUCUGACGCAGGUCGCCCUGACCUCGAGCCCAUCCGAGAGAAACAUGAGGAACGCAGCAUGCAUUCAUCAUCAGGGUCAUCGGAGUCGCAUGACACCAUCAUACCUAAGACAGUCAAAGAGCCAAAAAAGUCUCCAAAGAAAGAAAAGGCAAAGAAGGAAAGCUACCUGCGAAGGAAAGUGGACAGUGCUAACAAGUCAUCAGCAGAGUCGAAGCCAGAGAGAUCCGAAUCCACAGCCAGUGUCAGAUCAGCAGCCAGUAACUAUAGCAACAGCAGCCGGAGCAGCAUGACACCGCGACCGCUGCCAGUGCCGAAGGUGGAGGAGAGCUCAGGACUUCCCCAGAAGAGGGAGGAGUUGAGGCUGAAGGAGUCCUCUAGCUCGUCCUCCAAGUCCUCCAGUGUUUCCAGCUCCAAGGAGGACAACGCCAACAUAGGAGACCUGGAGACUCCCAGGAGUUUACCCAACUUGUCAGCCCGUCAGAGACGCAGACAAAAGAACCCAGCUGCCGUUUCUCUAGAGCAACCGAAGUCAGCAAGGAUCCGAUUGGUUGAGAGGAGGUCAUCUGACAAGGCUGAGAGGAGCAGGGAGGGUCCAGUGAGGUCGAAGCCCCUCCCAAAGAAGGCACCCCGGCAGCCAUCUAUCGACGCCGAGUCCAGCAGCUCCUCAGAGGAGGUGACCCGGUCCACGGACAGUGACAACAAGGAGAAGCAGAAGCGCAGCAGGUGGUAUGUUGACAUAUUGCUCAAUGACACGGGUGUGCCUUGUGAUGCUGACGUCGUCAACCAUAGGGAGAACAAGGAGAUGUCCAACUUCAUCUCCCUCCUCAACACCACUCUGAAGAUGAACAAGCAGGAGGACAAGUCGGAUGAUGACAGUAACGACAUCAUCUCCCCCAGCAAAGUGAACGGCAGCAACCACCCUCCACCUGAACCUGUAGAGCCGGAGCCGGAGGAGCCUAUACACAGGCCAUCAUCUAUGCCAAGUGUUGAAACGCUCACAAGUACAAACAGAUUGAUGGAAAGAAUACGUCUUUUACAAAAGGAUUGUGUGACAGGCGUUGGCUAUGACAUGCUGAAGAAAGCCUACAAAAUACUGGAACGUAUUGAAGACGAUGAAGUCGAGCCCCGCCUGGUAGAGUUGCUUGGGAAGGAGAAAUUUGACCUGUUUGCUGGCAAAAUCUGGCAGCUCAAGUUCUGUGAAGAGUCCCUCUUCUCAUAGCACCAACUGGUAGAGGUGGUCUACUUGGAACCAACCAGUGGAGAUGUCCUACGUAGAACCAACCAGCGGAGAUGUCCUACGUAGAACCAACCAGCGGAGAUGUUCUACGUAGAACCAACCAGUGGAGAUGUCCUACGUAGAACCAACCAGUGGAGAUAUUCUACAUAGAACCAACAGCGGAGAUAUUUUCCAUAGCACAACCAACCUGCCAUCAUGCAAACCCUUGGAGGUUGGACAUGCAGCAUCCAGUCUCCAUCUACGUUGACACAGGAGGUCACCUUCAGCGGAAAUCAAAGGUCAUCAGGUCACCAGUUGGGGUGAUGAGGAUAUGCAUCUGUGUUUUGACAAUUUUAUUCUGUUCACCAUCUACAGGAACAGUGUAACUGCAGCUGGGACUUAUUAUUUCACAGAUGAGGGCAAUGCAAGACAUAUCCACAUGUUCAGACAUGAGGACAUCAAAUAUAUCUGUAUAUAAACCAGGUUGUGAUAUUCUGUAGUAUAGAUGCAUUCAACAGUAUACCCAAGCAUUCUGCAUUCAUGAAGUAUGCAAGUCACAUGUGAUACUGUCAAUGGUCUUCUUGUUUCUAACUGUCAAACAUGUUGAUAUGGGCAGGGUUUCAAAUUAAGAGGGGUCCUUGAUUUUUGCUCCUUUGGUAUUUGAAUCUGGGGAUUCGGGCUGGGAUGAGUCCAAAUUUAUGAGCCGGGUACCCACCCCCUAUGACCCAACCCUAUGACCCAACCCUAUCCGGGUACACGCUGUAGGCCUCAAGAGAUAUUCAAGAGACCCUUUCAUCACCGAAGCUUCAUAUUCGAAGUAACAUCACCAUCUCAAUAGCAUGUAUCACUUACUUGGCACAACAUUUCCAACAACCAAUCAAAAUGACUCUCUAAAUGAGAGUUCUGCAUGAAUCUGCAUUAAUAUUAAUCAAAUUGCAGACUCAUCCUGUUACCAGUUCUCAAUAUAUUUAGUCGAAUCAAAAGAUUUGGAAAUGAACUUUUUGCUGGAAAAGAUGUUUUCUUGAGUAUCAACAUAGGAGGAGGGUAGUCAGACUGCCGUCAGGCAUCCCCAUUUGUAUGUGAGACGGUAGUGAGGAUAACGUCACUUGUUUCAAUCAUGGAUUACAGUGUUCAUUCUGAGGAGCCAACCACACUUUGGUACACCUGAUUCCCAGCCCUGUUAAGUGGUGUUCUGGAUGCCUCAGUGUAGUACCCUUUAUUUUUUAUUUUAAUUUUUGAAAGAGUCAGGAAAUACACUGUACACUGAUAUGACACAAAAGUUCUUAAAUUGGAUGCCAAGAAAAACGAAGUCAUAUUCCCGACACCUAGAAGCAUCAUCACUUUUAGUGUUGUGUCUUGUCCUUUGAACCAGACUCAAACUGAAGCUAUGGUUUGAAAUGGUCCAGGGUUUUUAUCAUUAUAGAAUGGCGAUAAAACACCCUGGAUAAUCGAGGAUGAUCAAUAUUGAUAUAAAAUUUAACAGACCUUGUCACAUGUGUGAUAGCUUUCCUUACAUAUCAUUUUUGGAACUAGUGCCUCGUGAGUUGAUUUCUACCACUGCAAGUGUAUGUUUUGCAUUCACCAUCAGAUCAUACACUAAAGUGACAAAAACGUAUUUGCAUCAUUUCAUAGAUCAUGGCUAUAUUUACACAUCUCUCCGUCCAGUAGGUACAAACAUUUGGCUGUCUGUGUACUGUGUCUUGGAUUUACUUUCCCAUGGUUACAACAGCGCUCAUAGUAAGUAGAUCAUCAGUUUAAUGUGAUAGUGGUUGCUCUGGGAUGUGUGCCUUUAUUCCCACAUGUCUAUAUUUCAUAAGAGAAAUAUUUUGUACGUACUGCUUAUACCGCCCUUUUCCAUGUCGGUCUGAUUGUUUGUGACUGGUAUGUCUGCUUACAAGAUUAGAUAUUUCCUGUAAAUGUUAAAUUCCUAGUUGCGUAUUGACAACUGUGAGGACAAUCUAUGCAGUAGCUCCCUGCGUGAACAGCCAGGGGAAGUCGUUCCAUCCUCACUGAAAAUGUCCA